UGUAGGAUAGGAUACCGCCACCACCUCGGAUUUCGAUUGACCCCCUGUGCUGAGAAUCCGUUACAUCCGCCAUUAAGCCGAGGCAACAUUUGGAAAAGGGGGCUCAAUUUUCCACUAGGGGGGACUGAUGGCUCUAGGGCUGGGCCCCGCCGCGGCCUAUAGCCCGAUGUUCGUCCUGCCCACUCUCAAUUUCACGGUCAGUCAGGUGGCCGCGGUCUGCGAGACCCUCGAGGAAAGUGGGGACAUUGAAAGACUGGGUCGUUUCUUGUGGUCGUUGCCGGUGGCCCACCCCAACUGCAGCGAACUCAAUAAAAAUGAAGCAGUUUUGAGGGCCCGGGCCCUAGUGGCCUUCCACACGGGCAGCUUCAGAGAACUCUACCACAUUCUUGAGAGCCACCGCUUCACCAAAGCUUCCCACACCAAGCUGCAGGCCAUGUGGCUCGAAGCACACUACCAAGAGGCCGAGAAGCUGAGAGGAAGACCACUGGGUCCCGUGGACAAAUACAGGGUCCGAAAGAAAUACCCCCUUCCCCGGACUAUUUGGGAUGGAGAGCAGAAGACGCACUGCUUCAAAGAGAGGACCCGCAGCCUGUUGAGGGAGUGGUAUCUGCAAGACCCCUAUCCAAAUCCGACCAAAAAGAGAGAACUCGCCCAGGCCACGGGACUCACACCAACUCAGGUUGGAAACUGGUUCAAAAACAGACGGCAGAGAGAUCGGGCAGCUGCGGCAAAGAAUAGGCUGCUCCAACAGCAGAUGCAACAACAACAUCUGAAACAGCAAUCGAACGGCGGCAGCAACGCGAGCUCAGUGAGCUCUGGCCUGCACCACCACCUGCACGGCGGCAGCCCCUCCAUGAACGGCAGCGGCUCCUCGACCGGCGGAGGCGGCUCCAAGCACCGCCGCCUGGACGGAGGCGCCUCCGCCCGCCAGGACGAUGAGGACGAUGACAGGAUCAACAUCCUCGACGACGACGACGAUAAUUCGAACGGGAGUUUCGGGAGCCUGUGCGGGAGCAGCGCACCCCCAAGUAGUCCGGCCGCUGUCUCCACCACCUCAGAUUCGAGCCGAAGCCCCUCGCCACACCACCACAAUGGCAACAACCACAGCCACCACAAUCAUCACAGGCCGCCCCAGCAGUGACCCACCAGAGCGGAAAAGGAUUUAUUAUUGCAAAUAUGAAGUUACACUAGCACACAAAUACGUGCUGUCCCUUUCUCUCCGGUAUCAUGGCACGGGUGCAUGGCGCAAAAGGGAAAAAAAAUGAAAUUAAAAAUGAUUACACGAAAUUAUGGAUGGAUUUAAAUAAUGUUAUUAUUUUGUUCAAAAAUAAUUCUCAAUCACAAUAUUAUUUCAUCAUUCCAAUGUUUAUAAUGAUAGUUUACAUUUAUUAUUCAAGUUAUAAAUCGGGAUAUUCAAAAUAUCAACCAUAUGUUGAA